AUGAAAGCGGUUUUUCAAAGCUUUAUCUUAUUUUUAUUCCUUUCUGAAAUAGUUUUUGGACAGGAACAGGUUCAUGGCUUUUUUAGGUUCAUAGAGUAUUUUAAUGAACCGCAGAUUUCCUCCGUAAUUAACGAAAUUCAUAAUAAAUCAAGGCGUGAAUGCUCUUCAGAAUGUUUAAAAGACGAAAACUGCUAUUUUUUCGACUUCUGCAAAACCGGUAGUUCUAUCUCGUGUUAUUUCUACAACAACAACCUUGUCAACACUUCCGGUGUUCAAAAUGGAAUGUGCAAACGCUAUGAAUUAAAACAAACAUGUGAUAUUGGACACACCUUUCCCUGCCGAUGCCCAACAAAUAUGGGAGACGAACGAUGCAAUUACAAAUAUGAUUGUAGUGGGAAUUUGGUUGACAGGAAUACGCCUUCAUACAGUUUUUAUAGAACGUUUCCAAACAGCGUAGUAAAGGAGAUGAGUUGCGAAAUGGAAAUAGACAACGGGGGUUGGAUAGUGUUCCAGCGUCGUGUGGAUGGGACUACAGAUUUCUACAGAGGAUGGACUGAAUACGAGUACGGGUUUGGAGAUCUAGCCAACAAUUUCUAUAUGGGGAACUAUUACCUUCACGAAAUUGUAAAAUCGGGGGAUUACGAGCUUCGAGUUGAGUUGGAGGAUCAGGCUGGAGAAAGGGCGUACGCUGGCUACACGAACUUCAUGAUUGGAGGACCCUCCACAUCUUACACGUUAGGAGUAUCAGGCUUCUUUGGAAACGCAGGUGACAGUCUUGACCAUCACAACGGAAUGAAGUUCACUACUUACGACAGAGACAACGAUGAUCAAUCGGGGUCAAAUUGUGCUGUUAGCUUCAAAGGCGCCUGGUGGCACAGGUUCUGUUUUUAUAGCGAUCUGAAUGGUCAAUAUGGAAUUGAUAGUGCUAGUGGUAUCAUUUGGUUUCACUGGCGUGGCUAUCAGCAUUCUUUAGUUAGAGCUCAAAUGAUGGUGAGGAGGAAAAUAAAACACCAGCACUAA